UAACGUUAACAGCCUAAAAGGUUAAGCUACAUCGUGUUGACGACCUUAUCCGCUCAAUGAAACUUGAAAUUUUCAUAGACGUCCUCGCACUCACUGUCCCUAAAGCUAAACCCCAAAAUCCAGACCAAACCCCCCCACUCUCUUAGCUAAUGCCUCUCCAUUUUCUCAGUGCCCAAACUGAUUAAUUUUAUUUCUCUCUUCUCCAAUUAUAUUUCGAGUAUUAAGUUAAACUGAAAAUGUCAUCUUUAUCAGUAAACUUUCUAUGUAAAGAUAGAUUCCUAACUGCUGGGAAACCAGGCUACAAUCACUUACAGAUCUCGUCUAUAGGCUAUUUUCCAGCAGGAAUAUUGCAAGCUAGAGUUGGCUUGAAUAAAGUGUCGAAGAGAGCUAAUUUAUUUCCUUGUAUUAAGUGUGAGAAGAAAGAGGAGCCAAUUGAGCAUGUCUCUGUCGAGCGUCCUCCAUAUUAUAGCUAUAUCGACUCGACUUCUGGGCAGCUUGAACCAGCAUCUGGUGCACGUGCAAGUAUUCCAGAAGAGGAGUACUGGCCUGAAGGCACUGCUAGUCGAGUCAGGGCUGCCAGGGCACCUGAACCAACUGGAACUUCUGCAGGAUCCCCGUCAUAUGGAAAAAGCCCGGGAAGUAGGAGGAAGAAGCAUAAAACAUCGGCUGUUGCUCAAUCUUCUCAAGUGAGCACUGAACCAAACGAGCCUGUUGUGCCUGAAAUUGUGGAGGACAUAGUUGACGAUCCUAAAGAUUCCUCAUCUGAGUAUGUAAUUUACCAGACAGAAACUAAAGAAGAUGAAGAAACUGAGUAUGAAUUAGACAAGAAAUUUGGACGCCCUCAUCCGUUUAUUGAUCCAAAAGUAAAGAAACCACUAGAGGAACCACUUACUAGUGAAGAACUAUGGUGGAAUUGGAGAAAGCCAGAAAAAGAACAAUGGUCUAGAUGGCAAAGGAGACGACCUGAUGUUGAAACAGUUUUUCUGAAAGCAAUGGCUGAGACUGGGCAAGUGAAGCUUUAUGGUGAACAUCCAACAUUAACUGAAACUUCCCUUUACAGAGCUAGGCGCCAUCUUUUCAAGGAAGAAAGGUUGAAAGCUGAACAAGAAAGACUAGAAAGAAUUGGUCCAGUGGCUUACUACUCUGAAUGGGUGAAAGCAUGGAAAAGAGACACUUCACGAGAAGCUAUUCAGAAACAUUUUGAAGAGACUGGUGAAGAUGAAAAUGCUCAACUGAUUGAAAUGUUCAGUUAUCAAACAGAUCGAGAAUACAGGAUUAUGAUGGGCACUGAUGCCCGUAUUCGAAGGGAUCCUCUAGCAAUGCGAAUGCAAGAAGAUCAAAUAAAGCAAAUUUGGGGUGGAGAUCCUGUUUACCCAACUGUGAACUACAUUCAAGAUCCAGAUGAAGUGAUUGAUUAUAGAGGACCAGAUUUUCAUGAACCAACGCCAAAUAUGCUGGCCUAUCUGAAGGAGCAUGGCAAAAUUAUAUCGAGGGAGGAACUUGAGAAAAUUUUGGCAAUGGAGAAGACUGAAGAACUUGAGAUGACAGAUUUAGAUGAUGCUAUGGCCCGAGCUGUUGAUAUCGGCGAAAAUGAAGAUGAAGAUGAUGAUGACAGUGAAGUUGAUGGUGAAGGAGAGGAAGAGAAAAUCAAUCGCAAUUGGAGUGUUCUUAAAAGUACACCUCAGCUUCGAAAGUCAAAGGGUAAGCCGAAAAAGGAGGAUCCAAUGUCCUUGGAAGAGGCAGUCGAUGAUUCUGAGAACUUGACUGAUUUUCUCAUGGACUUUGAGGAAGAGGAGUGAGGGCUAUCCGCCAGGUUGCAGCUUACAAUAUGAUUUGCAAGUCAUCAAAUGAAUGGCUACAAAAGUGAAAGAAGAGAGUGUUGAGAGAUGGAUAAGUGAGGGAAAGUGAAGAUGGUAAUUUUGGUGAAACCUCCAAAGGAUCUUCCAACUCUUUUAUUGAUUGAUGAUUGAUAA